AUGUCUCUUGAAUUGCACAAAGUACUUUUGGUUCUUUCAAUCGCCCAUUCGGCACUGGUUCGCGCCGGGCUGGAAUGUCGAAUAGAAUCGAUUUCGAAAGUGUUUGGAGACAAUGAAACACUGUUUGAAUUUAAUUUCCGUGUAAUCGGACGGCAACGCCUAUUGAAUGGAACACUUAACUUUCACGUCGAUUUGGAUGAUGACUACGAAAUGUCAAACGAGGUCCUUGCACUCAAAGACGGAGAGUGGGAGUCGACGAGUGUAAGCGCGCGUUUCAAAACCUGCAAAUAUAUGGCGGUAAUCUAUGACAAGUACUUUGCGGUCUCAUUCAAGGACUCAAAUAUUCCAAAAGGUACUGAAGCCUGUCCAAUCAAGAAGGGAGAAUAUUAUGCCAGAAACGUGGAGGUGAUCGCCGACAAUUGGGCCCACUAUGCCAAACUGGGCCUAGUACGAUCGAAUAUGCUUGUUAGGAAGAAUAACGUUGUAUAUGGGGGGUUUGAUAUUGUGUUGGUUUUAAGCCAGAAGAUCGUGUAA